CAGGCUAAUUGGCUUAAGACGUUCUGCAAGCGCUUGGAAAAGGUCGUUGAAGGAGUUCGCUGCACACACACCAAAUAAUAAUCUUAAAAAAGAGUGCCGGGCAUGCGCACACGGAGGAUGCCAUAUUGGAAGGAGGCUGUAGUGGGAGUCGGAGGACCAGAGCGGGCGCGCGAGGGAGGCGGCGGGCGGGGAGUGAGCGAGGCAGAGCGAGCGAGCGGGCGGGCGAGGCCGGCGUCCCCACCCCCCCCAACCCCCGGCGGCGCCCGGGGCCUCGGUCCACCCGCGGGGAGGACGAACUUCACCAGGUAACUGCUCCUGCAGGAUGAAUUAAGAGAACAGGAUCCGCAGGCAUCGAGAAUGGAGACCAGUGUGUCGGUGUCCAGCACGCAAGACCCUUCAUCCUCACCUCUGGAAAAGCAUCCCAGCUCAGCUGAUCGUAACGGAGAUCUUGAUUCAGAAGGCGGCUCAGGCUUGGAGGAAGCCGGCUUUAACUGGGGAGAGUAUCUGGAAGAGACGGGAGCCAGCGCGGCCCCUCACACAUCCUUCAAACAUGUUGAGAUCAGCAUCCAGAGCAACUUCCAGCCGGGCAUGAAACUAGAAGUCGCCAACAAGAAGAACCCGGACACGUACUGGGUGGCCACGGUCAUCACCACGUGCGGGCAGCUGCUGCUCCUGCGCUACUGCGGAUACGGGGAGGACCGCCGCGCCGACUUCUGGUGUGACGUGGUGAUCGCGGACCUGCACCCGGUGGGGUGGUGCACGCAGAACAACAAGACGCUCAUGCCCCCGGACGCAAUCAAAGAGAAGUACACAGACUGGACGGAAUUUCUCAUCCGUGAUUUGACUGGUUCCCGGACGGCCCCCGCCAGCCUCCUGGAAGGUCCUCUGCGAGGGAAAGGCCCUCUAGACCUCAUUACAGUUGGUUCCUUACUAGAGCUCCAGGACUCUCAAAACCCUUUUCAGUACUGGAUAGUUAGUGUGAUUGACAAUGUUGGAGGAAGAUUACGCCUUCGCUAUGUGGGAUUGGAGGACACUGAAUCCUAUGACCAGUGGUUGUUUUACUUGGAUUACAGACUUCGACCCGUUGGUUGGUGUCAAGAGAAUAAAUACAGAAUGGACCCACCUUCAGAAAUCUGUCCUCUGAAGACGGACUCAGAAUGGAGAUGUUCUCUGGAGAAAUCUCUUAUUGAUGCCGCUAAGUGUCCUCUUCCAAUGGAAGUCUUUAAGGACCACGCAGAUUUGCGCAGCCAUUUCUUCACCGUUGGGAUGAAGCUCGAAGCGGUGAAUAUGAGUGAGCCCUCUCACGUCUGUCCUGCAUCAGUGACCAAGGUUUUUAACAGUCAUUUCUUUCAAGUGACUAUCGAUGACCUAAGGCCAGAACCUAGUAAACUCUCAAUGCUGUGCCAUGCGGAUUCUUUGGGGAUCUUACCCGUCCAGUGGUGCCUUAAAAACGGAGUCAGUCUCACACCUCCCAAAGGUUACUCUGGCCAGGACUUCGACUGGGCGGAUUAUCACAAGCAGCACGGGACAGAAGAAGCGCCCCCCUUCUGCUUCAGGAAUACGUCUUUCAGUCGGGGUUUCACAAAGAACAUGAAACUGGAGGCCGUGAACCCCAGGAACCCGGGAGAAGUCUGUGUGGCCUCCGUGGUGGGUGUGAAGGGCCGGCUGAUGUGGCUCCACCUGGAAGGUCUGCAGAGUCCCGCUCCGGAGUUCAUCGUGGACGUGGAAUCCAUGGACAUCUUCCCCGUGGGCUGGUGCGAGGCCAACUCCUACCCUCUGACCACCCCGCACAAGACCGUCUCACAAAAGAAGAGGAAGAUCGCCGUUGUGCAACCGGAGAAACAACCGCCGCUCGCCGUGCCUGCUGAGAGGACGUCUCACGGCCUCUGUUUCUUCCCUCACCUGGAUGCCGCAGGUCCCGCCAGCGCAGCUGCCCCCAACGGGAAGUACUGCUGCCCGCAGCUCUUCAUCAACCACCGCUGCUUCUCGGGCCCCUACCUCAACAAGGGCAGGAUCGCCGAGCUGCCGCAGUCGGUGGGGCCGGGCAAAUGCGUCCUGGUCCUCAAGGAGGUUCUCAGCCUGAUCAUCAACGCGGCUUACAAGCCCGGGCGGGUGUUGCGGGAACUGCAGCUCGUGGAAGAUCCGCGCUGGAAUUUCCAGGAGGAGACGCUCAAGGCGAAGUACAGAGGCAAAACGUACAGGGCCGUGGCCAAGAUCGUCCGAACGUCGGACCAAGUCGCCGAUUUCUGCCGCCGCGUCUGUGCCAAGCUCGAAUGCUGCCCCAAUUUGUUCAGUCCUGUGCUGAUUUCUGAAAACUGCCCAGAGAACUGCUCCAUUCACACCAAAACGAAAUACACUUAUUAUUACGGCAAGAGAAAGAAGAUCGUUAAGCCCCCAAUCGGGGAAAGCACUGUUGAAAGCGGACACCCCAAGCCCGCCAGACGCAGGAAACGGCGAAAAUCCAUUUUUGUGCAGAAGAAACGGAGGUCGUCGACCGUGGACUUCGUGGCGGGCUCCGGGGAGGAAAGCGAAGAGGAGGACGCAGACGCCAUGGACGAUGACACCGGGAGUGAGGAGACGGGCUCGGAGCUCCGGGACGACCAGACGGACACGUCCUCGGCCGAGGUGCCCCCCGCCCGGCCCCGCAGGGCUGUCACCCUGAGAAGCGGCUCCGAGCCCGAGCGCCACGUGCCCGUGGAGAGGACGCGGAGGGGCCGGAGGGCGCAGGCCGCGUCCGGCACCGAGGGGGCCCCCGGGGGCCCGGCAGCCAGCCAGGAGGCUGCGGAGGAGAUGAAGCAAGAGGAGGAGGAGAGGCUGGUCCUGGAGAGCAACCCGUUGGAGUGGACGGUGACAGACGUGGUGAGGUUCAUCAAGCUGACGGACUGCGCGCCCUUGGCCAAAAUAUUUCAGGAGCAGGACAUCGACGGGCAGGCGCUCCUCUUGCUGACCCUCCCCACGGUGCAGGAGUGCAUGGAGCUGAAGCUGGGCCCCGCCGUCAAGCUGUGCCACCAGAUCGAGAGGGUCAGAGUGGCCUUCUACGCCCAGUACGCCAACUGACGCCCCGCUGCUGCUCGGGGACGCCGUGUCUCAGGAGGUCUCCAGGACUGAAACGGCCCUUUCCCCGGGCAUGAGGGGGCUGCCUCAGACGCGUCCCCACAAGGCGAGACGCGCGAGCCACCCCCCGCCCCCGCCGCCCCGUCCCCCAGCCGGCUCCAAGUUUCCAAAGCCCCCAGCCCCCCACAAUGGCCCCUGGAGGCUGUGAACAAAGCUCGUACCCUGAGGGUCGCCCACCACCAAGCGGGCAGCUGCCUGGAACGCGCCUUCCUGAACCAAGACCCGGUUUCUUUGAAAACUGAGAUGCAGGUGAUGUCUUUUCGGUUGUGACCCAGGAGGCAGCCUCGCGGAUGGUUUUGCUAGAAUUGUUCACAGAUGCUUCUUUCAGGUGUGGCUGUCACCGCAGUUUGAUCUGGUGGCAGCUCGUUGCUCCCACAGCCCAAGGUGUUGUUGCAGGAUGGCAGUUGGCACAGGAAGGCCACUGCCUGUCUGGGCGUGGAGGGAGGCAGUGUCACUCCGGGGUCAGCUCCCUGGGUGGUGGCGUCCAGAACGUCUGCCCAGAGGUGUCCUUUAUGGAACCUCCGAGAUCUCAAGCUCUGAUUUAACUGCAACCAGUUUUGGGGGGGUGGGUCUCCUUUAGUCUCUUGGGCCUGUUGAGUUGUAAAUUGAAGGCGGAGCUUCAUUCCAGAGGAACGAGUGGGAAGGGACCUGAGGGAAGCUGUUUACACCAGCCCAUCCCCUUCGAGGGGUCCCUGCAGGGGACAGAUGUCCCCUUGUCCCCAUCUGGCUCGUGCUGUCAGGGAUGAGUUGGAGCGGCCAAAGUGGGAAAGCUGAGGACGGCGGCCGUGUGAUUCCUGCGGCUCACUCUGGCUUCGAGGUUGAGUGGGACGUUUCUCAGGCAGUUUUCAUCAAGUCCCUUCAGCCGCUUGCAGAGACACCGAUGGCUCUGGGAACCGGCGGGCCUUUGUGUCUGAGGACACGUCUGGGGACACCCAGCAGGGAUCCAGGAUGUUCUUUCAAACCCAAGCAGCCAACUGCAUUCUAUGGGCUAGUUGCCCAGAUGUUUUUUAAACUUACCCGAGGAAGCGCAGCCUCCACGCUGUCCAGCUUGGGCGGGAAAAGUAGGGCCACACAUCCCUCCCUGCUUUUUGACCGUGAUUACUUUGCCCUUUUCUCUUUGAUGAGAAUCUCAGCAUCCCCGUUAAUACAAUCCUGGCCGGCUAAUGAGCGGCUCACGCUCCUGCGACAUCAGAGCCUGGUUGUGUCCCAUCUCGAGAAGCUCGGUCGCUCGCGCUGAGCUUUGUCGAUGCUCUGUGGCUGUGAGAGAUGAGACGGGAGGGACACACGCUUGUGUGAGGCCGGGGUCUCCCCGUGGCCGACCCGACAGGUUUAAACGCUGGGCACAUGGCCCUGCCUGGGCACCUGGCCCUGCCUGGGCACCUCUGCGGGGCACCAGCGUCCUGUCCUGGGCCGACAGGAAGGCCCGUGGGGAUUCAGGCCUGGCCUGUGGUCUGAUUUCUCUUCCAAGCCCAAGUUCCCCCCACCCCCGGGGUCCCCCACCCCUGCCUUCUCAGCCACAUGCUUUUGGCCUUAAACACCCAGUCCCAUGGCGCUCAGCUCUGCCAAGCAGUUGGAAAGGUUGUCCUCUUCACGGUCUGGCAUCGUCCCGCCGCCGAUUCCUUCGUGAUCCCUCACUGUGGCCUUUUCAGGCUGAGCUGUCCCCGUGGCACCUGGGACGUCGGGACGGGGAUGAAGGGCUGUGGGGGCUGCAGCCCGAUGUCCAUUCAGAAUGAGGGUCACCUCCUCGUGCCCUUUGCGGUGGUGGCCCGAGAAGGAGGAGGUGCCUCACAGAAGUGAGGGGAUCUUGGAGGGCUGGAGGCUGCCUCCUCCCAGGGCACCAGGUGCCCGGGACUUGCCGUACCCUCAGCCCCUUUGGGGGACCAGCCCCGUCCCCUCCUCACGCUCAGCACAUGCCUGGUGGGGAGCCAGCUGCAGCCGAGGCAGAAGAGAGAGGCCCGGCUCUGGCCGAGGUCCUAAGGGUGCGUCUGGGAGCCAGGAGGCGUUUUAGGGCCAAGAAGAUGCUUUUGCUCCGAGUGUCGCCAGCGUCCUCCCACUCAGGUUCUUUGGACGUUUCCGUGGUGGAGGCCACGUGUCUCCAGGUGAGCGGGAAUUCGGUGACACGAGUGUCGGGUGGCGUUCAUUUCUCGGGAGGGUUCACCCCUCACCAGCUUAUGUUUUAGAAAAGGGCCAGUUCUCAAGGGGCGUCCUCCUGCCGUUGCUGCUCUGUCUGUCUCUUCCGCGCGGCACGGCCCCCGAGCCGCAUGGUUCUUGGUGGAAACCCUCCAGCCAGCGAUGCCUCCGUUUGUCCCCAGAUGCUCCCAUCUCCGCCUGUCUCUCUGACAACCCUUGGGGACCAGGGUCCUCUUCCCUGUACACCUACCUGGGCCCCGCAAACACCGUGCGCUCCUUACCUCCUGCAACUGGCCGGGACGCGCGUCUCCCCCUCGCGGCCACGAGGACGGACGGACGGAUGGACGGACGCUGCCGUCUGCACACUGUGUCGCUGGAAAAGCAGACAGUCCGUCACUCCAUCCCGCCAGAAAACGAAUGGAGCUUAUGUUAGUGUGACCUCUGACCUCUUGACUGCCUUUGUCCCAUGUGAAGAAACUAUCCCAGCCACAAAAAUACAAACCUAAAAAGAGCAGGGCGAUGACCGCCAUCACAGAAGGACUUCUUUGCUUCAACAAAAAUGACAAGAGCGAAAAGCCAAGCUCCUUCACUGCGGAGUUGCGUAGCGUGGCGAACUCUGCGUCUCACCAUCGCAUUUCAGAUGAGGUUCGUGUGAUCAAAGUCUGACCCCCUUGAAGUGUUGGAGCCGAACGGCUCUUAGGUUUGCUUUGCCUUAUUUGAUCAUAUUUGAAAGCUGAUUUCCUGGGUUUGCUUUGGUUUGUUCCUCGAUAAAUUAAAGUGACUCUGACCUUUAACGCUGCGCCCCCCCCCCUGCCCCCGCCACCCGCCCCUCUCUCCCGUCCCUUGACGGUUGCUUUUGAUCAGCCUUUGAAGACGGGUCUCCGUUUCCUUUAUUUGUGUCAUAGAAUUUGGAGUGUUGGUAUCAGGCGAGUUCUGAGAUCUUCCUUUUAUCUUAAACCAAGUGUCCCUUUCUGAGGGCUGUUCUCCCUUUGGGGACUGUAGGGGGUCUCAUACUGUUUUGAUAGGACGCCUGUUUAGAUUUCUUUCUGUAGAUAGAACUAUAAAAGCAGUAGUGUUAACGUCUUCGUGGUUUGAGCAUCAUUGUUGCUUUUGGUUCGGAUGGUGAAUCUAGCCCGCAAGUCCUACCCUCCUCCUGUCCUUAGGAAGCUGUGACGCCGUGUGCAAUUAUUUGAAUGAAGGGGAAAUAGUAAAUUAAAAUGUCUGUAGUGUGAAGGAAAAGAAAACUGUUGGGCAGACAGACGUGCUGCCCGCGUCUCCGGAGCAGUAGCUAGCAGGGGAAGGGAAGGCUCGCCGGGCAGUGAUGACGGUGCACUGACUCUCUCUGCUGCUGAAGAGGUUUCUGGAGCUUGCUUUCCACUCGGUUGAAUUUUUAAGUUGGUUGGCUCGGUAGCUUUUAUCACCAGAGCUCAUUUACGUGUGUCCUGAACACAGCGGGAUCACAUCCCGUUGGGCUGUUUAUCGGAGCCACUCAAAUCACCUAAAAAUUCCAAGCCCUGACCCGUGGUGCCGCUUUGGGCGUCUCUGGUUUAGAUGCGCGAUGAUAACGCAGUCUCCUGAGCUGCACCUUCUCCAUCCACUCGGUUUUGCGGUGAAGGGCUAGGAUUUGGUGCCGGUGGGCAUUCCCGCAGGUGGAGCCUGCAGCACCAGGCAGAGCAGGGCUUCGGGUGGACCAAAGAGAUGCGUCAGAGGGGCGUGCAGGCAUUCGCUGAAAACCCCCUGAGGGUGGGAAGUUGGAGACAGAAGGUUUUCAGUGACAGAAAACAUAACCCUUUCAUUAGUUGUUGCGAAUGGGAGCUAGCAUGAGAUCGAGAAGCGUGAACUACCCCUCGUCGUCGUGAGAGUCCAAAGCCCCUUCACCGUUUUGCAUAUUCCGGUUUGAAUAGUUUGUAUUGGAAUUUGAUGCAGCGCUUGUGUAUGUUUUGGUGCAUCCAAGGGAAAAAUUGGUGUUUUUACUUUCGGGACUUGCAGGACCCAAGGGCAUGUCAUUGGUUUGCUGUCAGAUUGUAUUCUGUAUAUAUGUUUUCAUGUAAAUAAACGAAAAUCUAUAUCAGAGUUAUAUUUUAAUUUUUAUUCUAAAUGAUAAAAACCCUUUUUACUUGAAAAAAGUUGUAAGCCACGUUGUUAAUAAAGUAACAAUAAAUUCUA